AUGCAGUCAGAUAAUUUUAUUAAAAAUAAUUUUGUCAGUUCUUCUGCUUUACCAACAGAAAAUUCAACUGAUUCAAUGAAAAAAUCUGAUCUUCCAAUGCCUUCCAACUCUGGAAACUUUCCAGAUUCUUCAAAAAAUAAUCCUGUUCCUUCCACUCCUGCCAUAGUCAAAGCUCGAAGAGUUUAUGAACAAUUUAACAUUCACUCUCCAUCAGAUAAUAUGCUUUCUCCUUGUACAAAAAAACUUUUUAGCAACAAACCUAGAUCUAAAAAAAUAUCAGCAUCACAUCCAAUGAACAUAUUGAGAAUAAAACAACAAGAAGCGUUGUAUAAUCAAAAAAAUGAAUAA